UUUUUAAUGAAACUAACUUGAGUUCACUGGAAACCCUUAUUUGGCACAUACAUCUGGCUGUUUCACAGAAAUUUCAACUUUGCAAAAAAACGCUGGAAUUGAUUUCUCGUCACAGGAAAGCUGUUAGUUGUUGUUGAUCAACAGAAGUCUUAACACAGACAGGAGCAGAGAAGUUUCCUGUUGAGACUUAUUCAAAGAAAACCCCAAAGGAGAACUCUGAGAACUCAUUUGGGGAUGAAGCUGCCAGUGCAAAAGGGUACUAUUUACAUACAUCUACUGAUCAACAGAUGCAAGUGGAUUUUUCUCCGGACUCCUGUGGCUCGUGGGAUGGGGAUCUGGCUCCAAGGAGUGCAGCUGCCACUCCUGCUGCUGCUCUGUGGUCUGCAGACACACACCGGGAGUGCUGAGGUUGCAGCUGAAAUUGCCUUUGAUUUGGCGCCAGAUUCCUUUGAUGAUCAGUACCAAGGCUGUAGCGAACAGGUCAUGAAGGAGCUAAAUCAAGGAGAUUAUUUCAGAAAGGAACUAGAUACCCAUAAGAAUUACUCCAAGGUGUGGCACAAAGCCCACUUAACCUGGCUGAACCAAGCAAAAGAUCUCCCCAAGGACAUGACAACAACACAUGCUGUGGCUCUCCUGGUUUACACAUUGAAUAACAAUAUGCGCUCUGACUUUUCUAAUGCCAUGGCCACUGCUGCCAGGUCUCCUCAGCAGUAUAGACAUUCAUUCCAUUUCAAAUACCUACACUACUACCUGACCUCAGCAAUCCAGCUGCUGAGGAAAGAGAUCCUUGUGAAGAAUGGUACCUUGUGUUAUGUGGUGCAUCAUAGCAUGAAGGAGGUCAACUUCAAAGCCCACAUAGGUGCCACCAUUCGAUUUGGCCAAUUCAUUUCCAUCCCCUUCCCGAAAGAAGAGACACAGAAGUUUGGGAGUCAAACGCUGUUUACCAUAUUUACCUGCAUGGGUGUACCUGUACAAGACUUCUCCCUCAAGAAGGAAGUCCUAAUCCCUCCAUAUGAAUUUUUUGAAGUGGUAAAUACCAGCUACCAUCCAAAAGGAAAUUGGUUGCAAUUGCGGUCUGCUGGAAACCUGAGCACAUAUAACUGCCAGCUGCUUAAAGAUUCCAGCAAGAAGUGCAUCCCUGCUCCUAUAGUUAUUGCUUCUCUCUCCUUUUUGGCCAGUGUUAUCAUCUCUUCCAAAAGCAGAGUGCAAGGGAAUCCUGAGGCUCUUUUUUAAAUGUACAUAUGUAAAUGAAAACUUGUGUUGGUUUUUGCUAAUAAUGGGAAGUUGUUUACUGGAAAGGAUGAUUCUGUGAUGCUUCCGCUGAAACCAGAGCAUGGUCUUCUCUUGGCUAGUUCUGUUUUGCCUUCCCCAUACCCAUUUGCCUUUCCCAUUCAGAGCACCCUGCAUACCCCUGGGGAAUCACUCUGCCCACCUUUCAUUUGAUACACAGCUGUUUCGGAUCACUGCCUAUCAGUUGGCCUAUCACUCAGAUCUUAGCCAUUUCAGCAUAUUUCUUCAUGAAAACAGAAGUUUAUGUUGGACUAGAAAAUAGCCCAGGGAUAGCUUAUGAGGUAUAUCAGGGUACUUUUUAGACACUUGUUUUGGGAGUAGGAGAGGGACCUCUAUUUUGAAUGGAGUAAGUAUGAGCUUAAAGAUGCUAGAAGUUAUCUUACCACCAAAGAGGGGACCCCCAACUCCCUGAGAAAGCAGCUAACACAAUUAAGGAAGAGCUGAGAAAUGAAAAGAAAGUGAGACCAAAUUAGAAUGUAUGACCCUCUAGAUUCAUCUGGGUCUGAAGCUGAGUACCGAAAGUUUUUUCUUCACAUUAAAUCCAUUAGUUAUAUUUUGCUUACAUAAUUUGAAUUACGUAGUCUAUCUCAAACCAUUGAAAGAAUUCUGAUGAAUACAGGUUCCCUGCACUUUUUUAAAAUUUAAUGAUCCUAAAUAGGAACAACUCAAAGAAGACUGAGUUAUGAAGCAAAGAACAAACUCAUCAUCAAAUGGAAAAGCUUUGAGCCCCAGAGACCUAACCAAAGUGUGAAUUUUCUUCAGAGAUUUUCAUCAGAAUUCAAGAUCAAACUAUUUUGGUCUCAUAUGGGAAGAAACACAGAAUCCUGAGCAAUAAAAGAGAAAGGUAAUGAAAUAUGUUAGUGAAAUGUCAUUCAUUGCCAGUUAACAGGGUGGUAGAUACAAGCUCCUAAAGUACUUACCAAAAAAAAAAAAAAAAAGUUAAAAGUUAAAUUCAUGUUAAUUUAAGACUUCACAUAAAAGCACAUUUAUUAGGAAAACAUGAGGAUAUGUGUGGAGGUAAAAGAGAGAAUAUGAGAGAAGAAAUCGAUUCUCAUGCAAGUACCAAAGAUAUAUGUUUCAUUAUGUACGAACUACAAGAUGCAAAGUCUAAAGCUGGAAAUGUUCACCAAACCUUCCCUCAGGUAGUAAUCAGUUUAGAUGGGGACAUGGGUGAUUGUUUCACCUGAGCUCCAAAGACCCUAGUGUUGGGUCAAAUGGAGUAAAGUGAGGGCUAGCACUGUUAUGGUUUGAAUAUGAGGUGUCCCCUGGAAGUUCAUGUGUGGGACAAGCCAGGACAUUCAGAGGUGAGACAAUUGGAUUUGGAUUAUGAGGGCUGGAACCUCAUCAGUAGGCUACUCCAUUUGAUGGCUUAAUAAUUUGAACAGAUUAAAGUUACCCUAAAGCAUUUAUCUCCAUGAGAAAUCACAGUUUUCUAAGUAAGAUCAUUCUCUUAAAUCAGUGACUCCUGAAGUGGCAACUAUGAAGUGGGAAAAAAUUGUCACAGGUUAUUACAGGACUUGUUUUUUCUAUUUUCCCUUAUUUUAUAGGAAAUGGUCAUGGGCUUUGUUUUGUUUUCUUUUGGUGCAUUUCAUCCUUUCCUCUCCACUUACACUUCAUUUGGUUAGGCCAGAGAAAGAAUUAGGGCCAGGCAUAACACUGAAACUAGUGAGUCUUCACUUUAUUCUUCAAAACCCUAUGGACUUUAGAAAAGUUAGAGGAACCCAAAACCAAAGUAUUUGAGAGAAAUGUUACAUGACAGCAUUCAGUUUGAGAACAGUACAACUUCCCCCCAACAACCCCACAAGCUCGGAAGCAGACACAGACAGGAAGCCAGCAGAGUGGGCAGGAUGAUGGUAGGGCCCAGCAGUGGGGAAGUGUCUGAGAAGCACUGUGAGUGACUGCCAGCCUCACAGGAGCCACCAGUACCUAAAAACCACCCAUGUUUAUUAAAGUGAGCACCACCCACCGAUGUUGAGAGCCACACAGCCAAAGGGGCCCCAGCAAAUUUCCAGCUGCCAGCUGAUUGGCUCCUCUGCAGUGAUGCUCAUUGGGCUGUUUCCCCGCCCUUUCAGACCACGGAGCUGCUCAUUGGGGGACUCUUUUGGCUCCGCCCAUGCGACCCAGCCAAUUGGCCUGAAGAGCAGGAGGAGUGGGGGGGUUGAGAGGCUUGUGGGAAGCCGGUGGUGGCAGUUGGGCCCUGAGGGAAUUCCUGAAGAGCUCCUGUGGUGCUGAGUGUGUUCUAAAAAUAAAGUUCGUUUCUGCUUGAUAA